AUGAAGUACCUUCUCCCAACUCUCGGCUUCGCCGCCGCCGUCGCUGCCCACGGCUACGUCGACAACGCGACCAUCGCAAACAAGGUCUACACCUUCUAUCAGCCUUACACCGAUCCUUACACCUCGCCCGCGCCGCAGCGAAUUUCACGCCCCAUCCAGGGCAACGGUCCCAUUCAGGAUGUAACAAUCGCUGACCUCCAGUGCGGCGGCUACACCGUGGGUGGCAUCGUGGGAUCAUCCCCUGCUGCUCUCCACGCCGAAGUCGCUGCGGGAUCCGAGAUCUCGCUCCGCUGGACGCUCUGGCCUGAGAGCCACGUCGGGCCCACUGUGACUUACAUGGCAAGAUGCCCGGAUGCUGGGUGCAACAGCUACAUGCCCAACUCCACCGCCGUCUGGUUCAAAGUCAAAGAAGAAGGCCGCGAAGGCACCUCCAACACCUGGGGCGACACCAAGCUGAUGUCCGCCGGCGGCGUCGCCACCUACACCGUCCCCUCCUGCCUCAAGCCCGGCUACUACCUUGUCCGCCACGAGAUCAUCGCACUGCACGCCUCCUACACCUACCCUGGUGCGCAGUUCUACCCGGGAUGCCAUCAGCUUAAGGUUACUGGAUCUGGAUCGACUACGCCUUCUGGCCUCGUUGCGUUCCCGGGUGCUUACAAGGGAACGGACGCUGGUAUCACGUAUGAUGCGUAUAAGGCGCAGACGUACACUGUUCCCGGACCUAGUGUGUUUACGUGCUAG